GAAGAAUUAAACUGUCGAUUAAAAGUGUAAACGCAUCUUUUAGUGCGUUGAAGAAAAACUGUGAACUGAAAAUCUCUUACAAAACUUAUCUCAAAUUUUAUUGAGGAAUAUUUAGUUUAUAUUUUUUUUAUAUAAAAGUUUUUUGAAUGGUUGUACUACAAAAACCUAAAAUUACAAAACAUAUCUCAACUGAAAAUUAUCUACAACAAAUAUUGUUGUAUCUACAAGACUGUGAAGAAAAACAUUGUGAUUUUUUAAUUGAAGAUAUUCGUUUAGAACAUCUAUUAGAUCAUUGUAAAGAUUGUGCAAAAAUGGCCGCAAUACCUCAGGGAGCUUUCGCAGCUUGCAAGUUACGUGAAAAUUAUCGAGAUCGAGAUUUAAUAAUAGCUCGCAUGAAGUCUAGUGCUGAUAAAAAUGAUGCCAAGAACCUCAACUCUAAUAAGAAAUUAAUGGAAUACAGCCCAGUAAAAUAUAAUAGCAAACUAAUGAACUCAAUUUGGGGAUUUUACAAUCGUUAUUCUCCUCACAAUAUCAAAAGUAAUGACUACGAGGUAAAUGCUGAUGGCUACCAAAAGCAACAGUGUGUUAAUAACGCUGUUGCAUCCUAUGCCAUUGCUCAGAAUUUAGCAAUGGCCCAACGCACCGGUAAGGAAUGGUGCUUUUUGGAAAAGAGAAAUUAAAUUUUUUAUUUUAAAGUUCAAUUUUUUUUUAAAAUACUUAAAAAUAUGGUACUGAUAUAUA